CCUUUCAGCUGCCCAUUUAUUUUGACAGUACCCUUCAAAAAGCAGAUUUCAUUUUCGCUGCCGAGACUAGAAACCACAAAUAAAAAAAGAAACUGAUCAAUUGAAUCCCAGUAUCUCUAUAGUGUUCAAUAGAUUCUCUUGAUUUAAUUCAGAGCCCUGUUUGAAUUCGCUGCAUUCAGGCAGGCGUUUUGUUUUGUUUUGCCCCCUGCCUCCGCCCUCUUUACAAUUAUGGGUGUUAUUAUUUUUAAAGGAUUCACAAGGUGACUAACUCUCCCUGUUAUCUGUUUCAUGAAAGAAGUGUUACACAUGCCGAACUAAAUAUCCCGCAGUCAGAUGGGGAUCGCUGACCGAGCCCUGCCCUAUUAUUCCACAAUCCAGAUGGGAUUCGUGAUUAGAAAAUAAAAGUGGGCAAAACGGCCCCGGAAUCCCUUUCCCACUUCUGUUCAUCAUCAGUAUUAACCAGUGCUCAAAGAGCAACGAAAUAUAACAUCGGUUCCUUUUAGAUUGUAACAAUUUACAAAUUUUAGAUAAACUCAUUUUAGGAUUUCUAACUUUUUUUGCAGAACUAGCAUUCAUCCCACUUAGCAUUUUCAAGUGAGGGUGAGAGCUCUCAAAAUAUAUUCCAUUAUAUGUAUUCUUCUCUUUUCAGUAUGUGAGUUAAAAAAUAUCAUAAACAAAAUCAUCACUUUUCCCUUAACCAACUUGAUUAACCCUAACAACUGUCCCAUUACAACGUAUUACUCAUGCGGACUCAUAUUUUGAAAUUAUGUUUAAUUUCCACGCCAGGGUAUUUUCAGAGGGAAAAUCCGGAAAUGAUUAAAUACCUUUAGCGGAAUUAAGCAUAAGCAAAACUCAGCAAGAUCUAUUAGGGUGCACAGGGCUUUGCAGAAAGACAUCCGUUUCCUUCAGUAAAGUGACAUUUUUUUCACAAUAUAUCACACUUUACUUAGGUGGCUUUGCUACUUGUUCCCAAAGGGAUGAGCGAUCAGGGCCACUGUGCACCCUUGGGGUUCUGCCCCGGUCCCCAGAGAUGCUGCCUUUUGUGCUUCCUCAGGGCUGGGCUGAGAAGAGGAUGGAAGCAAAAGGCCGAGUCUGGGUCCCAAGGAUCUUCACUGUUGUGUUUUCCUGGUGGCACGGGGCGAGGGGGAGGGUGGCUGCAGCUUGUCCUCUCCGAGGUCACAGCCUGCCUUAGAGGACAGAUUGCCCCCCACCACUACCCCCUCAGCCAGCAGCAAGCGUCGCUUUUGCAUCCAGAUUGGCCGCGACCCGUGCUCAAUAGCUGGAGGUUAAUUUCCUUCACAAAGGUGAAGGGGGCAUGGCUCCGGGGGGGCCUACGCCAAGACCCGCGGCCCUUUUAUUCCUCAGAACUUUGAUUGGAGCCCUUGAUUUAGCAUCUGAUGUCAACCGGCAGACAAAAUGCCCGAUCCGAAUGAAAAUGCAUGAGGCCCCUCAAGGAGAGCUGAAACCAACUCCACUGGGGCGAAAGCGACUGACCUCGGGUUUCGGACUUUGCCGGUUCCACCAAAAAUCAAACCUGCCCCGGGCGACUGGGAGGCUCCGAGCGGCCUGCACCCGGCCCCUCGAAGGAUGCCAAUCACUAAGCUUCCCUGAACUUAAACAAAAAAGAGUUCAGAAAUUCAAGUUCCAUUUCGAAGCCAGUCCGUCCCCUUUAGCACAGCGUCUUCUGGCAAUUGAAGAAGUGCGGUGCCAACUGCUUCUCUAAAUCGAGAGAAACCUUUUCAAGACCUGGGGUCGCGCGCCCAGGUGGAGAAAACAUCACCAGCGCUGCAGCCACAAGGCCUGAUCCUCGACCUAAACUUGGAACCCCAUUUUCGCUUGGAUCCGAGUCCCGCGGCCCACCCGUCAGAUACGCGGGUUGGGUUUCUCCACAGCCCAGGCUUUGCAGCUAUUUUCAAUUCUCGAUUAUUUCCCAAACAAUACGAGGAGUUCCCGUGCCUCCGUGGCCCCCUCUCUCUCCUCAGCAGUCCACUCAAGCCUCUCCUGCGCCUGCUGUGGCCUACCACCGUCCCUACCCAAUCAGUGCGCCCAACUUCCCCUCCGCUCGGAAUCGCGGAUUGAGCCCUCCUGACAUAUUUGGGACCAUUCUUCUCCUUUGUUGCAAUUUUGCUCGAGACCCGCGGAUAAUCCCCGCGCGGGAGGGGGCAUUCAUUGUCGUGCUGAUAGACGCGCCCAUUUGGCGACUCCGCGCCCCCGGGAGGAGAAACACAAAGCCCAGGCACGUGCGCCUCCCCUUACAGGAGCAGCAGACCGUGAAGUGAGGCGGGGCCAGGCGUGUGCCUGGGCCUGGCGGGGUGGUGGCGCCGGACCAGGCGGCGACGGGGCGCGCGCAGGGGGCCGAGCGCCCUCAGGUACAUCUGCCGCACCUACCCGGCGACCCCCAAGUCCCGACCCCCUUUUUGCCUCUCCGUCGCCCUCCCACCCUACCCGGGGGGGGGAGGAGCUCCGGGCGAGCUGAUUGGCUACGGGGAACGCGGGAGGCGAGAACAAUGGCCCCCUCCCCCAGUUAAAGGAGAGCGGCUCUCAGGCCCAGGGUCUGGGACACGCGUGCAGAGCGUCGAGCCGGGCGGAGCCGCUACCCGCGCCACACAAUUCCCGCAGCCGCCGUGCCCGUGCCACAGGCCGGGGUCACUGAGGCCGCCACAGCCGAGCGUAAAGGUGGGACCGAGACAGUGCCCUUCCCUCGCACUGCACCAACAUGCCCCGCGGCUUCCUAGUGAAGCGCAGCAAGAAAUCCACUCCGGUGUCCUACCGGGUCCGCGGCGGUGAGGACCGCGACCGCACACACCUGCUCUCGCCGGGAUGCCGGGGCGCUCGCUCCGAGCCCCCUGUGCCGAGCCCGGGCCCGAGUCCACUGCGGCAGCCACAGCCACAGCCCACGGAGCGCGCCCAGGCGGCGCUUGCCUCCUCUCUUUCUUGCGCGCCCGGCCAGCUGCCACCCCAGCCGGGCCCGCCGGCCGCGCACUUCGGCAACCCCGAGGCCGCGCACCCCGCGCCGCUCUACAGCCCCACUCGGCCAGUGAGCCGGGAGCACGAGAAGCACAAGUACUUCGAGCGCAGCUUCAACCUCGGCUCACCGGUCUCGGCUGAGUCCUUCCCCACGCCCUCUGCGCUGCUCGGAGGUGGCGGUGGUGGUGGGGGGAACGGUGCCGGAGGCAGCGGCGACUCGCUGUUCUUUGCGCCCGCGGAGCUCAAGAUGGGCACCGCGUACUCAGCGGGCACCGAGGUGGCCCGUGGCCCGGUGCCCGGCCCUCCGCUGCCCCCGGCCGCCUCCCUGAGGUCCCCGGGCAAGCGGCCCGCGCCCUCCGCUGCCGCCCCGGAGCCUCCCGUCAAGGUGGCCAAGGCUCCGGGUGCCAAGAAGCCCAAAGCCAUCCGCAAGCUGCACUUCGAGGACGAGGUUACCACGUCGCCUGUUCUCGGGCUGAAGAUCAAGGAGGGCCCUGUGGAAGCUCCGCGGGGCCGCGCGGGGGGCGCGGCGCGGCCACUGGGCGAGUUCAUCUGCCAGCUCUGCAAGGAGGAGUACGCGGACCCGUUCGCGCUGGCGCAGCACAAGUGCUCUCGAAUCGUGCGCGUGGAGUACCGCUGUCCCGAGUGCGCCAAGGUCUUCAGCUGCCCCGCCAACCUGGCCUCCCACCGCCGCUGGCACAAACCGCGCCCUGCGCCCGCCGCCCGCGCGUCAGAGUCCGAAACCGCUGCCAGGGCUGAGACGCGGGAGGCGACCGGCGGCGGCAGUGACCGCGACACGCCGAGCCCGGGUGGGGUGUCGGAGUCGGGUUCGGAGGACGGGCUCUACGAGUGCCAUCACUGCGCUAAGAAGUUCCGCCGCCAGGCCUAUCUGCGCAAGCACCUGCUGGCGCACCACCAGGCGCUGCAGGCCAGGGGCACGCCGCCCGCGGCCCCACGGGAGGACCUUUUGGCCUUGUACCCCGGGCCGGAAGAGAAGGCGCUGCAGGAGGAGGCCGGAGACGGUGAGGCAGCCGGUGUGCUGGGCCUGAGUGCCACGGCCGAGUGCCACCUGUGUCCUGUAUGCGGGGAGCCGUUCCCCAGCAAGGGGGCCCAGGAGCGCCACUUGCGCCUGCUGCACGCCGCCCAGGUGUUCCCCUGCAAGUACUGCCCCGCCACUUUCUACAGCUCGCCUGGCCUCACGCGGCACAUCAACAAGUGCCACCCGUCCGAGAACAGACAGGUGAUCCUCCUGCAGGUGCCCGUGCGUCCGGCCUGCUAGAGCGCGCCCUCCAUCCCGGCCCUCCGAACUGUGCCUUCGCUUGGAGACCCAUGAAGACAGUGCUCCCUGUGUGCCCCGGACCCGCGUUGCACCGGGGCUCUCACCCCGGGCGAACGUGUUGUCUCCACUCCUUGUGGUGUGGCGUGACGGUAACCCCAGUUCUCUCGUUGUGACGCCUUUUGGAGACCCCUCUUUUGCGUCGUGUCCCUUUCCCCCGUGGCGCAAUAGGAGCCAGUCUCUUCUGUGCAAGGGAGAAAAGCUGUACUCGUUUGUCUCGUGGUUGGAAACCUCCCCUUGGAGGGGAGAGCUGUUUUUCUUACUAGUAUUCGCUGUGUUCAUGGUCUAGAAAUGCGGUUUGCUCUCGCCUACCAAUCUCUGCUCUCUAUGUCUGUAGUGUACGGGUUGUUUUGGGUGAAUCUUGAGGAAGAAAUGCCUUUAUAUUUCACAGGCUGUAAGUUGAACUUCCCACACGAUUAGCUUUAUUAUGGCUUGUGAACUGCUGAAGUCUGGCUUUACCUUUUUGUAUGUGAACAAAUCGAAUUGCUUAAAAAAAAAGUUUUCUUUAGUAUAGCCACAAAUGCCUUGAACUGUUGUCUUUUUGGGAUUUUUUGUGGGGGAGGGAAGGGAAUUUUCAGAAGAUGCUGUAGAAACUGCCUCAGUAUUUCAUGUAAGACUUUUGGGUUUGAUCACCUUUGUUGAGUGAGGUAGGACUAUAUGAGUUCCCUCUAAAUGUAUAUGUUGAUUUAUGAGUAAUUGUUAUUUAUUCUUUAUUUAUUUAUAUUAAUUAUGAAGAUUAAGAUAUUAUUUGAUUGCGGAUCUUUUUUUUCUUGGUGUGUGUGUUCCCCCUGCGACUCUUGACAUUUCACUGUGCAUUUUACAAGAGAGCCUUUUUCUAAAGGGAUCUGCUAAAAUUUUUAACUUUUAUACCUAUCUGAGCGCAUUAAAGACAACCUACCAUUUUAUUCUGCUUGGAGGGCCCCUGAGGCCCUGUAGGACUGACAGCUCUUACUUUUAAAUGCAAUCUCUUUUCUACAUACAUUAUUUUCUUAAGUGUUAGCUAUUUAUAGAAAGCUUCAAUAGAACUGUUUCAACUGUAUAACUAUUUACUAUUAAAAUAAAAUAUUUUCAAAGUCAAA